AUGGAUUCAAAUGCUGCAAAAAGGGAUGAUGCAACAUGCCAAACCAUGGUUGAAGCAAAAGACAUAAUAAGCAAACUACAUGAUAGCAUUCUUGGUUACAUAUUGUCUUUCAUUCCAACUAUGGAGGCAGUCCACACUAGUGUGUUAUCAACAAGAUGGAUUCACGUUUGGAAAUCCAUCACCAAUCUAAAGUUUGAUGAUAGUGUGCUUUGUUGUGGGAAGAGGAUGCAAAAGGAACAAUUUGUGUGUUUUGUGAACACAAUGCUUCUUCACCAUGCCAAUUCAAGUGUCCAAAGUCUCUCUCUUUGUUUAACAUGGUAUCAUUAUGAUUCAUUAUGGGUUAGUGCAUGGAUUUCCUCUAUAUUGAAAAGGGGUGUUCAAAAUCUUCAUAUUCAUAUUCACUAUGCUGAUAAACUCCUCUUUCCUUCCCAAACCCUCUUUGGUUGCAUCUCUCUAGUACAAUUGGUGCUUCAAAUGAGAUGCACUCUUAGUGUUCCAAUCUUUGCUUGUCUUCCAAAUCUUCAAAGUGUUACCCUUUCUGGGAUCAUGUUAGUGAGUGACUCCGAAUCCUCCAAUUAUUCAGAAGAUAUAAUUCUUAGAUUCCCACUUCUCAAAGUGUUUGAAGCCAGAAGAUGUGAGUGGCAAACUAAGCAGAACAUAAAUAUAGAAGCACCUCUACUUGAAAGAUUUUCCAUAACAAUAUGGAGAUCUCUUUCAAAUGAAUCACAUAAAUCUGCCAUCAAGAUUUUUGCUCCUUAUCUAGUAGAUUUCUCUUAUGAGGGUGACCUUGAGCAGGAUAUCAUUCUAUUGAAUUCUUCAUCAAUUUGUAGUGCUUCUAUGGUGAUUGUUAUGGAUGAAGACAAAAUGGACAGAAUGGAAAAUAUACCGUAUGGUGGCUGA